AUGCCGCUUGCGCUGAUACUCCUCAUCACAGCAGUAUCAGCCGAGGAGAGUCCGCCGGGGCUGGUCAGCAAGGACACCGAACAGGAUCUGGUUGCUGAAGCGACACAAUCAGGAGCUCAGGCACAAAAGAGAGAAGCUGGCCUAUCUAACUCCUACGGAGAACCGCUGCCACCAGACGCGUACGGACCCCCGUCAAACAUACCUAGUGCGCCAGAACUUCCUGUACCUGUAUACGGUGUACCUGAAGCACCAGGUUUCCUAGAUACCCCCCCAGGCGCGUAUGGACCACCAUCCCCCGUAAUAUUCCCUAACCAAAACUACGAAGGUCCACCUCCUCCUAUUGGCAAACCUAAACCUGUAUACGGCCCACCAAAAUUCCAUUUUCCAUCCAAACCAAAACAAACAUAUGGUCCACCAAAACCAAUAUAUGGUCCACCAAAAAAAAAUUAUGGUCCACCCAAGCAAUCUCUUCCAAAGCCGACUUAUGGGGUCCCGUUUAAAAUAUCAAAAAUACCGCCAAAACCAGUUUAUGGCGUUCCAAAACCAGUUUAUGGCGCACCCAAGCCUGUAUAUGGGCCACCAAAAGCCACAUAUGGACCACCACAAGUAAAUAUUCAAAAUAUUCAGUUACCUGAAAUACCGAUUUCAUUCCCCCAAAAUUUCGGAUCAUUUGGUAAUAUUGGUACAGGCUUUAGCACAAUUAGUACUGGUUCCAACUUUGGCACAUUAGAAACCAGUGUUGGUACAAGUAUAGGAACCAAUCUUGACUUAGGGUUAAACCUACCCGCUCCUAUAUACGGAACCCCGAUUUCUAGUUUACCUGUAAACUUAAAACCAAAUUUCCCUGUACCGUCUGACACUUAUGGUCCACCCGGUCUGCCUCUAGGACCGAUUGGACCUAAUGAUCAAGUUGUGGUCCAAGAUGUUGGUAGUAUAGGUCAUUACGGACCUCCUCAACCAGAUCCUAACCCUCGUCCACCCCAUCCCGGUAUCCCGGCCCCUCCAACCCCACCACACGUGUUAUACGACGGCUGGAAACCAAUUCCUGGAAUAUCAAAACCCUUGAUUGAAAACAUUGACAAUGUCCACACAAUUCAGAGUAUUCAAAAUAUCGGAAAUAAUGGACACAUUGAAACAUUAGAUCAAUAUGGACCACCUCCUCCUAUAGUCCAAGAAGUUAGCAUUAAUCUAGAUGGGCAUUCGUUACCAAAUUUCAACCAACAACAGCAAUUUUCUGGUGCUCAAAUAACAACUGGAUAUUCAUCGGUCCACCAAGACGCUCUUGCCGAUAUUGACUUAAGUGCCAUUGUCGGAGGUGAAUCAAAUCAUAUUGACCAAUCCAAAACCGUAUUUGAAGCACAUUAUACAGAAAAUAAUAAUCCUCAAAAUAAUUUAGCCUUCAUAGCUAAUAUUCCUGAUAAACCCAUAGAUUCUUAUGGCGCACCUCCUUUGGAAUCUCUAUCAAAUGGCCCAUAUCCACCUUCAAUUAGACAGCAAGGUGCUAAAGGGUUGAGUCCACCCUCUCCCAUAUAUGGAUUACCGAUACCUAGCAAUCAAUAUGGUGGCCCAAAACUGCCAACAAACUUACCGAUUCCAUACGGAUCUGUAUCCGGGGGCGGCUAUUCCAUUCAUAAUGGGGGUCACACACCAAGACAUCCCAUAAAAUUCAGAGAAUCCGUACCAGAAGGACUUAUUCAGCAAAUAGGUCAAAUAUCUCAUCAUAAAGAUUUCCAUGGUUUAGAUCACAUCAAACAGGGUCCGGCAUAUUUGCCUCCACCGAUUAGAGAAGUCAAAGAUAUGAAUCAACAUUCAUCACAGCACGGAAACCAAGGCUUCGAUAGCCUAUCAUUAUCCAUCGAGCCUACGAAUUUGUAUAGCUUACCGCAUAGUGGACAGCCCAUAAACUUCCAACUUGGUCAAAAUCAACCUAGCAAUUUAUAUGGAUCACCCAUAGACUCAUAUUCCUCGCCUCUCUUAACUGUUGGAGAUCACACAGCUUCUGGCUCUAGUAGCAAUGCCGUUGCUGCAACACUUGACGGAACUAUUUUGGCAAAUUUAAGUAACUUGGAAGUGGCAGCCAUUUUGAAACAUUGUCCCUAUCAUGAAGCUAUAUUAAAAGCGGCUAGGUCGGGAGAGAAAAUACCAUCAGAAUUGGCAUCAAGCUAUGUCGCCAGUCUGAGUUCUUUAGGAUCAGCUUUCCAUAAAAAUCGCCAAGAAUUUACGUCGCAAAAUGAUUUCAACACGAAAGAUCAAUCAAUUGCAUCUCAAACUUUAGUACAGACAAUUCUACCAAAUCAAUUAGAAGGUGAAAAAUCAGUCAAAUCAAGCGCCCAAAAAGGGAAAUCAUUAAAUACAAAAGAUUUAUAUAAAUCAAACUCCCUACAACUCGUGUCAGAUCAGAUAUAUGAGACGUCUGAAAAGAUUAAGAAUUUAAGCGAAGAAGCUAAACAGUUGCAACAGAAAAUUGUGACAGCGAAUCAACAUUUAAAUAAAAAUGGUCAAACUUUCUUUCAAUCUGAAAUACCUUUAAAGGGUAAUCAAGCGACAUAUUCUUUGCAAAUCCAAUCAGCCAACGACGGUAAAGAAAAUCCGUCGAUACCACACGAACAAUUGUUGUCUGAGGGACUCUUACAAAGUAUACUACAGGCUAUCGAACAACCAGCAAACCUAGGGAAGACCAGCGAAAUCUAUCAAUCGAAUGGCCAAAGCCAAAUCAAAAAUAGCGACGUCUAUCAAUCGAAUGGGCAAAACCAAAUCAAAAACAGCGACGUCUAUCAAUCGAAUGGCCAAAAUCAAAUCAAAAAUAGCGACGUCUAUCUAUCGAAUGGGCAAAAUCAAUUAAAAAAUAACGACAUCUAUCAAUUGAAUGGCCAAAACCAAAUCAAAAAUAGCAACACCUAUCAAUCAAACGUUCAAAAUCAGUUUAAAUCCAGCGAAUAUCAAACAAGCAAUCAAAACUUAAACUACCAGUCGUUCUAUACAGACGGAUUGGUCCUUCCAGCCGGAUACGAACCAAUCGACAGAUCAAAAAACGACCAAACAGUCCAAAGCUCUAAUGAUUUUAAGCAAGUUUCGAAAAAGGCAAUAAAUCAUAAACACAGCUUUCAUAGCGACUGCGAUUUGAGAGCAGAUAACUCGGUAACUCACACGAUAGUGGUGCCUCCGCCAAAUGUCGACAAAAUACAAGCAGUAGAUGAAGUCGAAGACAACGAUGUAGCAAUUUACUUUGGUCAAAACAAAGAUAAAGAUGAAACUGUAACAGAAAUUUCAGUAGCAACCAGUAUAAGUGAAGACACAGACCACAAAACACCGGAAUUCGGUGACAAAAUAAAAAAGACG